AUAUUUCUAUGCAUCUUACUACUUUAGACGAAAGUAAAAGUGUUUUCUACUUCUUUCUCUACCUAAACGUAUGAUCAUCAUUUAUAUUGCAAAAUGCGACAGAGUGUGCAAGUCAACUUAAUUUUUCUCUUAGUCGGUGCCGUUUUAAUCGUAAUCGGAGGAUGUAUUUUAAUUUUUUGGCCAGCGAUCUUCAAAUCGUUUCUUAGUAAGGAACUGAUGAUUGACGAGAAAUCUCAAUCAUUCAAAGAAUGGAAGAGUCCAAGCAUAGAACUAUACUUUGAUGUUUAUUUAUUUAAUUGGACGAAUGCUGAAGAUUACACAUUCCCAGAAUUUACCAAACCUAUUUUUGAAGAACUUGGUCCUUAUCGUUUUCGAGAAUAUCGUGAUAAAACAGAUCUGAAAUUUCAUCAACACAACUCAACUGUUAGCUAUAAGCCAUUCAGCACUUACAUUUUCGAUGAACAAGGGAGUAAAGGUUCAUUGGAUGACGUAUUAACGACUAUUAAUGUGGUUGCUGUUGGUGCUGUAGCUCAGUCAUUAAAAAUGGAUUAUAACCACAAAAAACUUAUUUCUAUUGCACUUAAUGGAUAUGAAGAAGAAAUUACUGUGACUAAGUCAGCUCGUGAACUUUUGUUUGAAGGCUAUGAAGAUAAUAUGGUGCUGAUGGGGAAAGCAAAUCUAAUUGAAGGUUUUAAUAUCAGUCACAUACCGUACGAUAAGAUAGGAUUUUUCUAUAUGCGAAAUGCAAGCACAGCUUUAAGUGGAAUGCACAAUGUUCAUACAGGAAAGGAUGAUUCAUCGAAGUUGGGAACAAUCCAAAACUAUAAAGGAAGUGAUUUCAGCAACAUGUAUGGUGGAGAAUGCUCGAAAGUUAAGGGAUCACCUGGUGAAUUAUUUCCACUUGAUCAACAGAUAGUGACACUAUCAAUAUUCACACCUGACAUGUGCAGAUCACUUCCAUUUGAUUUUGAGAGAGAAGUUGAUGUUUUUGGAGUCAAAGGAUAUCGAUACUUAGCUGGUGAAAGGUUGAUUGAUAAUGGAACCAAAUAUCCAGAAAAUUUAUGUUACAGUGAAGGAAGUGAAAGAACUUACCCGUCUGGUGUUUUUAACUUAUCUGCAUGUCGUUUUUCAUCACCCGUGUUUAUGUCAUAUCCACAUUUCUAUGGUGCUGAUGAGUACUACUUGGAUCUUGUUCAAGGACUCGAACCUAAUAGAUCCAAACAUGAGUCUUACAUUACACUGGAACCUAUGACUGGAGUUCCAUUAGAGGUAGUUAUGCGAUUUCAACUGAAUUUCUUAUUAAAAGACUCCGAAGACAUCGCCCUUUUCCAAUCUUGUCCCACAACUUUCAUACCAACAUUGUGGGUGGAACAAAAGUACAAAAUUGACGAAAAAAUGAUUGACGAACUUAAGAUUGCAGUUAAAGUUCCAUAUUUUGGUAGAAUUGUUGGGUUGAUUAUUUUUGUGCUUGGAAUAGUAUGUGUACUUAUUACGAUCAUAAUCAAAUGCAUUACAAGGCAGACACUAAAGGAAGCUGAUGUGAAUUUACCUGAAAUAAAAGGAGAAAAUAGAAAACCGAAGGAGAGAUCCUCACCAUUGCUUACUGAUGGAAAAUUAAGACAAAACAUUAAGAUUCAGAAAAUGGAUCAGCAGGUUGAUUAAUAAAAGAUCUGUAAAACACAAAUCCUUACUAUAAGAUCCCACGGUUAAAAGUAAGGAUUUGAUUAAGAACAUUUAAUUGUAGAAAUAUUGAGUCCACUUUGAAAGAUUAUAUCUAGUACAUUAUAUUUAUUUGAUCAUCAUAUUUA